AUGGCCCAAGAGAACCCCAAAAUGCACAACUCUGAGAUCAGCAAACGCCUGGGCGCGGAGUGGAAGUUGUUAUCCGAGUCAGAGAAGAGACCGUACAUCGAUGAGGCCAAGCGGCUGCGAGCGCAACACAUGAAGGAGCACCCAGACUAUAAGUACAGACCCAGACGUAAGCCUAAAAAUCUGCUCAAGAAGGACCGCUACGUCUUUCCUUUGCCCUAUCUGGGAGACACGGAGCACCUGAAGGGUCUGCCCAUGUCCACGGCUGACUCUCUGCUCAGCGCCUCGGAGAAAGCCCGUGCCUUCCUGCCGCCCACCUCUGCGCCCUACUCCUUUUUAGACCCGAGCCAGUUCAGCUCCAGCGCGAUCCAGAAGAUGACAGAGAUGCCGCACACGUUGAGCACCAGCACUUUGCCAUACGCGUCCUCCUUGGGAUACCAGAACGGCGCUUUUGGGACCCUAGGGUGCCCCAGCCAACACACCCACACCCACCCGUCUCCCACCAACCCGGGCUACGUGGUGCCAUGUAACUGUACCGCAUGGUCUGCCUCAAGUUUACAGCCCCCGGUGGCCUACAUACUCUUUCCAGGUAUGACCAAGGCUGGGAUAGACCCAUACUCUUCCGCGCACGCCACUGCCAUGUAA